GGUAGCAUUUCGUGUUUUGUUUUCUCGGCGGUGGCUGAGCCCCGCCCCGCCUCUCCCGGCCGCGUUUCCCGGGUCCCCGCCAGGGCCGGCGGCGGUGCCGCUGAUGUGAGGCCGCGGCUCGGCGGUGGGCGGAGCUGGUGCGCGGAUGGCGGCGGCGGCGCCCGGUGGCCGCAGCUUCUCGUUCAAGGUGGUGCUGCUCGGGGAGGGCUGCGUGGGCAAGACCUCGCUCGUGUUGCGCUACUGCGAGAACAAGUUCAACGACAAGCACAUCACCACCCUGCAGGCAUCCUUUCUUACAAAGAAGCUAAACAUUGGUGGAAAAAGAGUAAACCUUGCAAUAUGGGAUACGGCAGGCCAAGAGAGAUUUCAUGCAUUGGGUCCAAUUUACUACAGAGAUUCUAAUGGAGCUAUUUUAGUAUACGACAUAACAGAUGAAGACUCUUUUCAGAAGGUGAAAAACUGGGUCAAGGAAUUAAGAAAAAUGUUGGGAAAUGAGAUCUGUUUAUGUAUAGUUGGUAACAAGAUAGACUUGGAAAAAGAGAGGCAUGUUUCAGUUCAAGAGGCAGAAACAUAUGCAGAAUCAGUGGGAGCAAAACACUAUCAUACUUCAGCCAAACAGAAUAAAGGCAUCGAAGAACUCUUCCUUGACCUUUGUAAAAGAAUGAUAGAAACUGCUCAAGUGGAUGAAAGAGCAAGAGGCAAUGGUUCCAGUCAGUCAGGAACUGCAAGGCGGGGUGUACAGAUCAUUGAUGAUGAGCCACAAGUACAGAGCAGUGGAGGGUGCUGUUCUUCUGGAUAACUGUAAAACUGUGGAUCACUAUCCUCUCAACCUGAAGACUGCCAUAUUCUAAGUCACACAUUCUUUACCAAUGGAGUAAUAGAAUUAACAGUAUUUAAAAAAAA